AUGGCAGGGCGAUGGGCGGUGCUAGCCAGCGUCUUUCUCGUCCUGGCUGUUGAAGCUGCAACGCCUUCGACGGUAGCGCCAACGACGACCUCAGCGACUCUCACGGGGUGCCAACAGUGCGAGCUCAACCAAAAGUGCGAUUUGGCCUUUCGAAACACUCCCGGCAUCUUUUGCGGCCAUUGGCUCUCGGGCUUGGUCAAGCUGGGUUGCUGUUGCCCGACUGGCGCCAAGUGCAUCGUCACAAAUUACGCAUGCAAUUGCGACACGAACGCAGUGACCACCAGCACAAGUGCCACCGGCGGGACGAUCGGCGGCAUCAUUGGAGGCGUCGUCUUCCUCAUCGUCAUCUGCAUCGCAUGCCUCGUGUGCAAAAAAACCUGCCAAGCGAUGUGUUGCUUGAACAUGGGGCGCCCUCCGAAAAUCAGUGCUGCUGCCCCAGUCACGCAGACCCAGCCCAUCCCUCUGGCUAUGCCCGUCGCCCAACCUUGCUACCCCGUGCAGCAACCAGGCUCUAGCGUGCAGAAACCUAUUUUCCCCAUGCAGCAACCCGGCUACCCCAUGCAGCAACCCGGCUACCCCAUGCAGCAACCAGGGUACCCCAUCCAGCAACCAGGGUACCCCAUGCAGCAAAAUGGCUACCCUAUGCAGCAACCCGGCUAUCCCAUACAGCAACCCGGCUACCCCAUGCAGCAACCCGGCUACCCUAUGCAGCAACCUGGGGUUGCCGUGGUCGCUCCGCAGCCCGUCGUGAUGCCGCAAUAUCCGGGUGCAGUAUACGGGAACAAUGCGUUCGUCCAAGGCAUGCUCGUUGGUGAAAUGCUCGCGGACGCUGGCGAUGGCGGGUUUCAUCAUCAUCACCACCACCACGAUGACGGGUUUGGAGACGGCGGGGGGGGAAUGGGGUUCUUUGGGGCUGACACGGGUGGCGACUUCUAA